CAAUUCAUCAUCAACAACAUUUUAUUCCGCAUUACUCACUGCGCAUCAUCUACUGUAAAACGGAGAUAUCAAACAUUCAGUUACUUUCAGGAUGGGAGUUCUUGGAGCAUUAGCCAGACAUCUGGAUACACUUGUUGGGCCUGGGAUGAUGCUUCUUUUUCCUCUGUAUGCAUCAAUGCGAGCAAUAGAGAGUCCUUCGACACUUGAUGAUCAACAGUGGCUCACGUAUUGGGUUUUGUAUUCCUUGAUAACCCUCUUCGAGCUCUCUUGCUGGAGAGUUCUUCAAUGGCUACCAUUUUGGCCAUACAUGAAGCUAGUGUUUUGCAUGUGGCUGGUGCUACCAAUGUUCAAUGGCGCGGCUUACAUUUAUGAGAAUUUUGUAAGGAAGUACGUUAAAAUUGGGGGCUAUGUUAGCUCAUCACAUCCAGAAGGUCAGAGGAAAGUUCUGCAGAUGAUGAGCCUUGAUGCAAGAAAGUCCGUUGAACGUUACAUUGAGAAAUAUGGACCCGAGGCCUUUGAUCGGGUUGUCAAAGCGGCUGAGAAAGAAGCAAAGAAGCACUGAGACGGACUAUAUUAUGCGUAUCUUGUGUACAGAAACAUAUAUAUGGAUGGACUCUUUUUUCUACCAUGUAAUUCAAAUCAUCACUAAAAAUUACAAAAACUUACAGUUUGUUCUGUGAA